AUUAGUUUUUCCGUUGAAAGUGUUUUUCUUUUUUCUUUUUUUUUUGAUGGGAUGGCUCCUACUAGCCCUCCCUCCAACACCCCAACCCCCUCCCAACCCAAAAAAGAGAACUGACUUGUGAGUUUCCUCGUGUACGGGUCAAGUGGCGAAAGCCCUUUCUUUCGUGCUUGGUAAGUGCUUAGCUGUAGCCAAGCUUUGACUGCGACUGCUUGUUGCUUCUCGUCAGCUUAUUCUGUCACCUGAGUGGGAUAGUAAGCACAGGAAAAGAUCUCGUUAUUCCUUGGCCAGGCCGGUGUUCUGCAAAAUUGUUCGUUGGAGGUCUCUUCUCUCUCUCCAUGGAAUCACACGCACGGUUGUAUGGGUAUGUGCAAGCACUAGUGUUUGGAAUCCUUAAAGCGCUAGGAGAAAUCCUAAAAAAACGCAUAGAUCAUGCCAUUAUUCGGUUGUUUUCAAUUCUGAAAAUGUUAACAAAGGAAAGUGACGCGAUGUAUUUUGCUGUAAACAUUGUAUGUGACCAUGUUAGUGGCAAAUCAGAAGGAAAUGUAUUUGUACACUAUGCCGAGGAGAUUGCAGCAAGCAAAGCCUUGAAGAAACUGAUGGCCAGUUGUUGGAUGGUUGAAAUAUCCAUGUCCAAUAUGUGCAUAGAGGGUAAAUACAUGUUCAAGUCUGAAGUUUUCGAACGUUCUGUUAUUGUGAGAUGAGAUUGAAGGUUGUAUUGCUUUUCACAUUCACUUGAUAUAUCCUACACCUGCUAAUUGCUAAAUGCUAGUUUAAAUGAUGGCAUUUACUUUGCUUCCUGUAGAACACUUAAGUAUUUGGGAAAAUAAGGUAAAUGGCUCCAGAUUUUUUUAUUUUUUUCCUCUGGGGGUGGGAGUGGCAAAAGAAUUCAGCCGAGAUAAGUGUUUUUAGGCUACUUAUCUCAAGGAGUAAUGCUAUUUGUAAAUAAUUGUGUACAAAUUUGUUUACAAAGUGAUGAUAUAGAUAAGAUUAACACUCCAUAGAGUUACAAACAACUAAAAGAACAACAAAGAAAUGAUAUUCCAUAG